AUGGCCAAGAGAAAUCUGCAAUUCCAACAGAAUGUCAAUGCCUCCAUUCAAGACCCACAGACACAGAUUGGUCAACUUGCUACCACUGUAAACCAAUUUAAGUCUCAAGGUUCUGGACAACUCCCUUCUCAACCAAAGAAACCACCCCUUCCCUUUCCAAACAGAGUGGCCAAGCCAAGGCCACCAAUAGACUUUGAUAAGGAGCUUUUUGAGACAUUCAGAAGAGUAGAAGUGAACAUUUUACUGCUGAAUGCGAUAAAACAAAUUCUAAAAUAUGCAAAGUUCCUUAAAGAGAUAUGCACUAACAAGAGGAGACUGAAAGGGGAUGAAAAAGGAUACUGGUCUUUGAGUCUCAACCCUCUAAAGCAAACUGGUGUAGUCUUUCAAUUGGCAAAUAAGAGCACUGCAUUCCCUACUGAAGUAGUAGAAGACGUGCUAGUGAGAGUGGAUAAGCUAAUAUUCCCUGUAGAUCUCUACAUUCUAGAUAUGGUAGAAGAGUCCAACAUGCGUACACUGAUCCUUGGUAGACCUUUCUUGAAAACAAUAAGGACAAAGAUUGAUGUUCACUCAGGAAUUCUAUCCAUGGAGUUUGGAGACGAUGUUAUGCAGUUCAACGUCUUUGAGGCCAUGAAGCAUCCAUUAGAGCUGCAUAGUGCAUUUUAUAUAGAUAUUAUUGAUGUUUUAACUAAGGAGUUUUGUACUGAUUUUUCCGAUAUUUUUAGUUGUACAUGCACUCUAAGGGAUUUGUGUAAAGUUUGUGCUGAAAUAUAUGCAUAUUUAACAGCUGAUUAUGUUUCAUGUGGUGCAAUAGCAUGUUUAGAAAGCUCUAGCUUGCUUACAGGAAGUACACAUACCCUUGAACCUGCUCAGAUGCAUGUUGCAGAAUUAGACUUCUCCACCAGGACACUUUCCUUUAUUAUGCAGCCACCUACACUCAAACUGAAGCCUCAGCCUAAACAUUUGAAGUAUGCAUUUUUUAAGGCUAAUAACAAGCUGUUAGUGAUCAUUUUAGCAGAUUUGGAUGCUUCACAAGAAGUGAAGUUGUUGCAAACUUUAGCAGCCCACAAGCAAGCAAUUGGGUGA